AUGAGAUUAUCAAAACUUUUUGUUGGCUCCCAAAUGGAUAAAAUAAUUGUCAAAGAUUUAGUUGUUCAAAAUAUUAUCGGUGUUGAUUCUUGGGAACGCGUAAAACGCCAACCUGUGAUAAUAAAUAUGAUUAUUCAAAAAAACAUUUCUGAAGCCGGAAAAACUGAUAAACUUACUGAUACCAUAAAUUAUGGUACAGUUUCUAAGGUUGUAACAGAAUUUGCUGAGAAGUCUUCAUAUAAAUCGGUUGAAGCUUUGGCUGACGGUAUAGCAAAAGUCUGUAUAAACAAAUGUUUUGCACCAAAGGUAACAGUUAGUGUGGAGAAGCCUCGCGCAUUACUACAUGCAGAUUCUGCGGGUGUGGAAAUAACGCGUACUCAAGAAGAUUAUGCUCACAUAGAAUCUACUCCAGAUGUACUUCCUGUUUCUGCUGAAAGUCAUGAAGAUAUUAUUUUUGUUAAGGAUUUGAAAUUGAAUGCAAUUAUUGGCGUUAAUCCUUGGGAGCGAGAAGAAAAGCAAAUAGUAAUUUUGAAUUUCACCAUUUAUCCUAAAUUUCGCGUUGGAACUUUACAAAAAGAUCACGUUAUCAAUCCACAUAAUUAUCGAACAAUUGUAAGAACGAUAUCAAAGCAUGUUGAAGAAUCUUCUUAUAAAACAGUAGAAGCAUUUUCUACUGCAAUAGCAAGAAUAGCUAUAACACAAUGUAAUGUUAAAAAAAUAACGGUUCGUGUUGAGAAACCAAGUGCUUUGAUAUUCGCAAAAUCAGCGGGAAUUGAAAUUACCCGAACUGAUGGUCAUUUCCCAGAUGAGACUUUAACUAUUUCACAACCAAGAUUAAAUUCUUUGAAAGGAAGAAAUUUGGGUGAUGAAACUAUAAAAAAUUUAAACACAAAAACAAUGAAAUUAAAAAAUGAUUAUAGUCAUUUUAGUCAUUUUGCUUUUAUUGGUCUUGGUUCCAAUUUGGGUAAUCUUGUAGAAAAUAUUAAUGAAGCUUUAGAACUAUUGGAGAAAUCUUUUGGUUGUAAAAUUUUGGAUACUUCAUUUUUAUAUGAGUCUUCACCAAUGUAUUACUCUGAUCAAUCUAAUUUCUUAAAUGCCGCGUGUAAGAUUGCAACAAAUUCAUCACCAGAAGAAUUGUUAAUUAAACUCAAAAAUAUUGAAUCUGAUAUGGGACGUGUUAAAACAAUGGAAUAUGGACCAAGACCUAUUGAUUUGGAUAUCCUUUUUUAUGAUGAUAUUGAAUAUUCUUCCGAUACAUUGACAAUACCACAUCCGAAAAUAAGUGAACGAGAAUUUGUUUUACGACCACUAUGCGAUAUUGCCAAAGGAUUUGAACAUCCCAAAUUGUAUAGAACAUGUGGUCAAUUAUUUUCUCAAUAUCUAAAAUCUCCCAAUUACAAUUCAGAAAAUUUUGUAAAAAAAAUAUUACCAAUUCAUAAUUCUAAAUGGGAUUGGAAUUCAAAGACAUUUAUUAUGGGUGUACUUAACAUUACUCCUGAUAGUUUUAGUGAUGGUGGAUUAUAUUAUAAUACAGAAUCAGCAGUUGAACAUGCUAAAAAAUUAAUAUCAGAAGGUGCAGAUAUAAUAGAUAUUGGAGGAAUGUCCACUAGACCAAAUGCUGAUGAUGUACCAAUUGAAGUAGAACUUGCUCGAGUGAUUCCAGUAAUAAAAGCAAUUCGUGCCAAAGGAAUAACAAAUGUACCAAUAUCUAUUGAUACAUUUCGUGCAGUGGUUGCGGAAAAAGCUAUAGAAGCAGGAGCAAAUUUCAUAAAUGAUAUUUCAGGAGGACAAUUAGAUUCUAAUAUGUAUCAAGUUAUGGCAAAAACCAAUGUUCCAGUAUGUCUUCAACAUAUGAGAGGUAAUCCCAAAACUAUGACCAAAUUAAAUCAAUAUGAUGAUGUUAUUACUGAUAUAUGCGAAGAAUUAUUUGAAAGAGUACAACGAUCUAUUGAAGCAGGUGUUAGAAGAUGGAAUAUAACUAUAGAUCCUGGUAUAGGAUUUGCCAAAAAUUUUGAUCAAAAUUUUCAAAUUCUUAAUCGAUUACAAGAAUUGAAUGGAAAUGAUAGCCCAUUUGAAGGAUUUCCAUGUCUAGUUGGUCCAUCAUUGAAAGCAUUUAUAGGGAAAGCUAUUAACCAACCAGAUGCACAAAAACGAGUUUGGGGAACUGCAGCUGCUUGUAGUGCAGCAAUUGCUGGUGGUACAGAUAUUUUGAGGGUUCAUAAUGUUAAAGAAAUGCUUGAUGUUGCUAAAGUUUCUGAUAAAAUAUAUAGAAUAUCAAAAAAUUGA